GGUUUCAGUUUCCUUGUCUAACCUCAAAAUUCUGCACAAUCUUUUCUACACCAUCUAUUUAUAUUUUAAGAUUCUAAUACAAAUGAGAGAGCAGCACUAUCGUUUCAUUGUUGUCAACGUUAACAAAACAUAACCUUUUUGUGAGACUGCGAGUCAGUGCGAGCACGUGUAUCUCUUUGACGUUUCACAACACAGAAUUACUCGAACCAGACAAUUAGAAUUAGAAAAUGUCUCGCCGACCAGAACAUUUGGCACCUCCUGAGGUGUUCUACAAUGAAGCAGAGGCUCGGAAAUAUACUCAAAACUCUCGGAUGAUCGGCAUUCAAGUGCAGAUGUGUGAAAGAGCUGUGGAACUUCUCUUGUUGCCUGAAGAUGAACCCUGUUUCCUUUUAGAUAUUGGAUGCGGAUCUGGUCUCAGUGGCAGUGUUUUAGAAGAUCAGGGACAUGUUUGGGUGGGAAUUGACAUUUCCUCCGCUAUGUUGAACGUUGCUCUUGAAAGAGAAGUAGAGGGAGACUUGGUAUUAACAGACAUGGGCCAAGGAAUGCCAUUUAGAGCCGGUAGUUUUGAUGGUGCAGUUAGCAUUUCGGCCUUGCAGUGGCUUUGUAACGCAGACAAAACUUCGCACAAUCCCGUAAAAAGACUUUACAAAUUCUUCUCUACCCUCUUCGCCUCUUUGUCGCGAACAGCAAGGGCAGUCUUUCAAUUUUACCCAGAGAACAGCAAUCAAAUUGAAUUAGUGACAACGCAGGCUACAAAGGCUGGAUUUUACGGAGGUGUCGUCAUUGAUUUUCCAAACAGUACGAAAGCAAAGAAAUUCUUUUUGGUAUUAAUGACUGGCGGUGCUGUGCCACUUCCUAAGGCUUUGGGCACUGGAGAAGACAGCAAUCAGGUUAAUUAUAGUUCAAAAAGAGAACAUAUGAAAAAGGCGAGAGGUAAACCGAUCAAAAAGAGCAGAAACUGGAUCCUGGAGAAGAAAGAACGGCGACAGAGGCAAGGAAGAGAAGUUCGAGCAAACACAAAAUAUACAGGACGUUAUAGAGGGGAUCGUUUCUAGAAAUACUUAUUGAUCAAAGUAGGCAUAAACAGUUUAUUUAUACAUAAUAAAGUGCCUGUAUAAAACCAAA